ACAGCACAGCUGAGACAGGUAGAGCAGGGGAGUUGCGGGUGUGGACAGCCAGAAGACAGCAGCGGGUGGCUAGAAAAUAUCAAAGAAGUUGUGAUGACCUUGGGAACAUCCAAACUGUACUUAAUACUUGGACAGAUGAAUAUAUAAGCAGUUGCAAAAGAAAACGGUAUAAGCCGGUAGCAGUAACCUACAAUGUUGGAGAACAUUUUAUUUGCUUCUUCAGGCUAACAGAUGAUGAUUCCUGGCACUGCUAUGAUGGAAUCAAAGAAUUUAAAGAUCCUGGAAAGGGAAUUGAAGUUGCCACCACAGAGUUAAUAGAAGAAGCUCUUGUGCCAGGCGUCACUGUCGGUCACGUAAUCAUGCUGAAUAGUUACUGGAAACAUGGCUGCACAUGCAUUGGCCACUCGGCCUCGCACUGGAGAUGUUCUGCAAGGCCCUGGGGAGACUUCAGAUUUUAGCUCACUGCUUCUGUCACAACAUGUUCUUGAAGGCUUAAAGGCAGCAGGAUUCAACAAGCCCUCUCCAAUACAGAGCAGGGCUAUACCACUUGGGAGGUGCGGUUUAGAUUUAAUAGUGCAAGCGAAGUCUGGAACAGGGAAAACAUGCGUCUUCUCUACAGUGGCACUAGAUUCUUUGGUUCUGGAAAACACUGCAACACAGAUCUUGGUGUUGGCUCCCACAAGAGAAAUUGCGGUUCAGAUCCAUUCAGUCAUUAUAUCCAUAGGGAGCCGCAUGGAAGGACUAGAGUGUCAUGUUUUCAUAGGAGGGACACCAUUGCCACAGGACAAAGCUAGGCUGAAGAAGUGUCACAUAGCCGUGGGAUCGCCUGGCCGAAUAAAGCAAUUAAUAGAAAUUGGCUACCUUAAUACAGGCAGCAUUCGUCUUUUCAUCCUUGAUGAAGCGGAUAAACUCCUAGAAGAAGGAAGCUUCCAGGACCAAAUUAACUGGAUUUAUUCGUCUCUCCCGGCCAACAAACAAAUGCUAGCUGUUUCAGCCACAUACCCAGAAUCCUUAGCCAAAGCUUUGACAAAGUACAUGCGUGAGCCAACAUUUGUCAGAUUGAAUGUAACCGAUCCAAGUCUCAUUGGGUUGAAGCAGUAUUACAGAGUGGUAAAUUUGCACGCCCUCCCACACAAAGUUUUUGAAGAAAAGGUGCAUCAUUUACUGGAACUGUUUAGCAGAGUUCCAUUUAACCAAGCCUUGGUAUUCUCUAACCUUCACAGCAGAGCUCAACAUUUGGCUGAUGUUCUUACAAGUAAAGGUUUCCCAGCUGUAUGUAUUUCUGGUGGUAUGAACCAAAACCAAAGACUGGAUGCCAUGGCCAAACUGAAGCAAUAUCAUUGUCGUGUCCUAAUUUCAACUGAUCUUACAUCUCGUGGUAUCGAUGCUGAGAAAGUAAAUUUGGUUAUAAACCUGGAUGUGCCACAUGACUGGGAGACUUAUAUGCACCGAAUUGGAAGAGCUGGACGUUUUGGUACCUAUGGUCUGUCUGUCUCUUACUGUUGUCGGGGAGAAGAGGAGAAUCUGAUGAUGUCAAUAGCUCAAAAAUGCAACCUCCGACUGCUUCCCCUACCUGAUCCAAUUCCGGAUGGACUUAUGGAAGAAGCUUGUGAAUGGGAUGUCAAAAUCACUCCAGUGAAGACCACACACACAGCUUUAAGUUCUGCAGAAAAAACAGAUGAUUCUUUAAAAAGCCAUGUUUUCCAGGCAAAUCCUGUAACAGAAAUGUUCACAAGCAAGAAAGUGAUUAAAGCUACUCCAUACAAGCAGAAAAAAGUUCUCAAAAAUAAGAGUAUAGAAAAAGAGAGUCAGCACGAAUGGGUAAAUGCAGAGACUGCUAAUUUGCAUAAGAAAGUAAAUGACAUUAGUAAACCAAAAAAGCCAGUGGAAAGCCUAAAAAGUGACCGCAAAAUCCAGGACGUGCUGGAUAAUUCCCUUCCUAAAAUCCCAAGCUUAUCUUCUUUCAAACGUCCUGUAGUCUGCACUUCAUCCUUUGCUGAGCUUGUUGAAGACUAUGAGCAUUUCAUCAAGGAAGGUCUAGAAAAACAUGUAGAGAUCAUCCGUGUCUACACAGACUCUGGAAACCAUGUAGAGGAAGAUACACUGGAAAAUCCUUACAAAGAAAAUAACACUGUUGAGAUGUCUUCAGAUGCAGUGAGUAUCCCAGAAACAUUUCUCAUCAGUGGUACUUCAGGUGUUGAGAGCAAUAGCAGCUCAUCCAGCUCUACAUCAGAGCAUGAAAACAGUGAGGAAUUCCUUCAGUCGCAGGUGAUGCAGGGGUCUAUGGAACUGUCAAACCGUUGCCCAGAUGUCUUGGCUGCAGAGACUGUUGGGGCCCCUGUUUCCAUGCUAAAUGUAGAUGAUUUUCCUUCAUCCAUGGAGGUGCAGCAAGCAAGCUUGGUUAAAGCUCAUGGUUAUGUUGGAGAAGGGGCAGUUUGCAGUAAUGUCAAAAAGUCUAGAAAACGGAGUAAAAAAGUAACCCACCUGUCCAGAAGAGAACUCUGCCAGGAAACCCAGGAUGAUGUGUACCAGUUGGACUAUGGGAAUCCCGGUGCAUUUCCUUAUGACACCAUGAACUAUGCUGACUAUUGGCGAUCAUACUAUCAAGCAUGGCAGACAUACCACUCUACCAUUUCAAGUUCCUAUUAUCGAAAUGUCUACAAGUGCUCAAAUUGGAUGUCUGCAUACCAUAUGCACUCUGUCUACCUCCAUGAAAUGCUGAAGCCAUGACCAUUCUGGAAUGAUGAAAUGUAGCCAUUUGUAUUGAGUUUUUUCUUUAUUUUUUAUUUUUUGUUUUAUUUGGGAUAUUUUCAACUCUUUCCUGAAGGUUUUCAGACACAACCCCUCGUACCACAAGUUACAACAGCUGGUCUAAUUACUGGUUCAUUUAAAUAGGUUGAAUUUAUGUUCAUGAAAGUGGUUGGACCAAUAGGGCAUGCUUUAACAAAACGUUUGAUAUACUGUGGUUUAUUCUGCCUAAAUAAACCAGUACAGUACUAUGAAUAUCAUUCCCAAAAGUUAUGCUGAAAAAUGCAUAUUACAUUUAUUGCAUAUUAAACCAAAACUGACAAUCCUGUAAAGAUGCACAUCUGUGCCUUUUAGAAACACCAAAUCAUUUAAUAUCAAGCCAACUCUGUAAAAGGCAGCUUACCUUAUUGUACCUUCACAAUGCUACAGUGAGGAAUUAUCUCUUUUUAAAUCAUUUGCCUGCUGUUUCCCCUUCAAUUUGCAUAUAAAGCCACUUGCUUUAAGGUGAAUACAACUACGAAUAUGAAAGAGGAGCCUGGUAAUGAAGUAAAUAAGAUGUAAGAAAAACCAUAGAUUUAUAUGACUCCAGAUGCAUCGAAAAAUGAUGGUGACCAGUCCGCAUGAGAUGGCUGAGAAUGUCAUAGAGUGGAAAUAAGUGUUUUUAAUGUAGACUAACUGGUUCUUCAUCUAGUAGAAAUGAUAUCAUGUUUAAAGGAAAAAUUCAUAGUUUAAUUCUGCACCAUGUUAAAAUAAAAUGCUAUUGUGAUGCCUGUUUAGUUAGUCCAUUGUGACCUAUGCUUAAAUAUUCUAGUAGACUUUUCAGUCAUUUGCCAUCAUAAUUUCAGAUUGCUGCCAUGGCUGUAAAUGUCUACAAUUAACAGAUAAAUAGUGAUCUACAGUUUAGUUAUGUGGCUAGCCUGGAUUGGAGUGUUAAUAGUCAGAAGAGUUCACUUCUGCCAUGCAUUUUUACUGUAAUCAGUGCAAUCAUAGUGGCUGCAUACAGAUCUAACCAGUUUACAUAUGCGCACGUAUCGCUGCAGCAACUAUUCGCACCUGGCCGCGAAUAGUUAAGGGUGCAUACGCACCACUGCAUUGCAGUGGAAGCAAGUUCGUACGCACGUACCUGCACACACUCACGGGCACACUGUUUGUGGCAAAUGUCCCGCCAUUGUGAAUAAUCAUAGGCCAGAUGACCGUGAACACAUCUCUAUGCGUUUGGUUGAUGUGAAUAUGCUUUUGCAGCAUUUAUGAAAUAUUGCAUACCAGUGACAUAACUCAUGAAUAAAUUUUGUUUCUUACGUUUAA